AAAAAUCUAGAGAGAGAAGAAGAGCAGGACGGCAAAGUCUAUUAUGCGUCCACACCUUACAAUUUUUUAUUUAUUUUGAAAAUACCCCUUUUUCUCGUGUGAGAGUGUGAUUCUUUGACACACAGAAGCCGACUUCUCAGACAAAAACAAAUUUUCCGGACAUCGCAUUUGUCAAUUUUCCCCGUCUCUCUCUAUCUCUGAGACAAGUCACAAGAGCACAAAAGCUAUCAUCUUCUUCCAACGUGUGAUGUUUUACUUUAGCCCUUUUUACUUUCAUUUCUUUUGAGGCAGAUUAAGUGUUCGUUGAAAUGUCUGACUGAACCCAUCUCCUAUGUUAUGGCCGCUGCUUCCAUCUGAUCUCUAGCUCUCUCUUUUUUCCGAUUUGGUUGGGACUUGUGGGGAGGAGUCUUGUACACACUGGUGACUGUCUUUUUGUUUUGACACGUGAGAAGAUUCACUUGGCUUUUCCACAAAAGUACCCUGCUUUUCAGGCUAUCUGCGCUUAAAAGUUAAAGCUGGAGUUUCUUAUUAUGAAAGGGCUUUAUGCGGUUUCCGCUUCGAUCUCUUGAAGCAUUUCCUCUUUUGUUUUCUCUGGGGACUGAUAAGGAGAAAGAUUCUUUGUGGUAAUUUUUCAAAACAAAUGGGAUUUGGAGUUGGUGGUGGUGGAGGUAGUAAUAUGUUGGAUUUGAGGAUGGUCCAAAGCCACAAGCGUUCAAAAAGUGCCAGCUUUCCAGAAAAAAAUAAAAGAGCUGAGGGAGAUCAACCUUCUUCGAGUACUUCUUUUGAAGCCUCUCAACGCAUCAAGCUGGACAUGGGUCGUUCAAAUGAAUCAGCCAAAGACAAGCCUAAUCAGUAUCAGUCAAUCACAGAAACUUCAUUGAAGCAAGAGAUUGAUCAGCUCGAGACAAGACUACAAGAUCAGUUUAAGGUUCGUUGUGCAUUUGAAAAGGCGUUAGGCUAUCGAACAGCUUCUUCGUACAUGCUCACUGAAGCAAACGACAUUCCCAUGCCAAAGCCAGCUAUUGAUUUGAUCAAAGACAUUGCAGUUCUGGAGAUGGAAGUUAUACAUUUAGAACAGUAUCUUCUUUCGUUAUAUCGAAAAGCCUUUGACCAGAAAAUCUCUUCUGUAUCCCCAAAUUCAGAGAAGGAGAAGCCAAAGUCUCCUCCUCCUGUGACAACCCCUAGAAGGCGUUUAGGCUUUUCUGAAGACGAUGAUCCCUUGCUUGAUGACGAUGAUGAUCAAAAUCAACCAAAGCAAACAGAAAUGGAGUCCAGUUUUCACCGUAGCCACUCGCAGCGUUCAUCAUUUGAGAGUAGAAAAGCUUCUCCAGAAGAUUCUUGGAGUAAAGCCACCCGCUCUUGCCAUUCCCAGCCAUUGUACGUGAAGAAUGGAGAAAAUCUAAUCAGUCUAGCUGAACAUCUUGGCACUCGGAUCUCAGAUCAUGUUCCAGAGACGCCCAACAAGCUGUCUGAAGGAAUGGUCAAGUGUAUGUCAGAAAUAUACUGCAAGCUUGCAGAGCCAGCACCUUCUGUACUACAUGAAGGGCUUUCAUCGCCAAACUCAUCUUUAUCAUCGAGUGCAUUCUCGCCCUCUGACCAAUACGAUACAUCGAGCCCUGGAUUGGGAAACAACUCCUCCUCGUUCGAUGUAGUACGUUUAGACAACUCUUUCAAUGCACAAGGAGAAAAGGACUUCAGUGGACCUUACAGCAACAUGGUUGAAGUGCUUUGCAUUUACAGAGACGCCAAAAAGGCCAGUGAGGUCGAAGAUCUUCUUCAGAACUUCAAGUCGCUUAUCAGUAGGUUGGAGGAAGUCGAUCCAAGUAAGUUGAAACAUGAGGAGAAACUGGCGUUCUGGAUAAACGUGCACAAUGCACUUGUGAUGCAUGCAUUUUUAGCUUAUGGGAUUCCACAGAACAAUGUGAAGAGAGUGCUACUGCUACUCAAGGCUGCAUAUAACAUUGGUGGACACACGGUUAGCGCGGAAGCAAUACAAAGCUCAAUUCUUGGAUGCAAAAUGUCUCAUCCUGGACAGUGGCUUAGACUACUAUUUGCUUCAAAGAAGUUCAAAGCGGGAGAUGAAAGAUUAGCUUACGCAAUAGAUCAUCCAGAACGUCUCCUACAUUUUGCACUUACUUCAGGCAGCCACUCCGAUCCCCCGGUUCGUGUAUAUACACCAAAGAGGAUCCAGCAAGAGCUAGAAACGUCGAAAGAAGACUACAUAAGAAUGAACUUAAGCUUACGCAAUCAGAAAGUCCAACUGCCAAAGCUUGUGGAAACGUUUGCUAAAGAUUCCGGUUUAUGUUCGGCGGGUUUGACGGAGAUGGUUAACCGGAGUAUACCGGAAUCUUCGAAAAAAUGUUUUGAGAAGUGUCAUUCUGGUAGUAGUAAAUCACGCAAGGCCAUUGAUUGGAUCCCACACAGCUUUACAUUCAGAUAUCUUAUUCUUAGAGAAGCUGCCAAAUGAAAAAAAAAAGUUCAUUGACAAAGAUUUUUCAUAUAAUGUGUGGUCAGUGUGUAAAUAAGAAGAUCGUUGUCUAUGAUUAUCCCUACCAUCUAAUUACGAUAAUGUUGUGUUUCGUCUGGAUGAUUGAA